CACGCCCACGAAGUCUCUCGCGCGCCGCUGUGACGGCCACCGUUGGGCCUGGUUGAGCGAAAAGACAGCGGAGGCGCGCGCGGGAGCGAGCAGGGAGUGGGGGGGAGGGGUAAAAAAAAGCGAGGUGGAAACAAAAACAAUCGGCCGGGCGCCGCCAUCUUGGGUCCCUUCUCCUCACCGCGCGAGUGAAUGGGUCGCUAUGAAAUUACCACAGGGGCGCAGCGAGAUUAUUCCGCGCUGCCGCCGAGGCCCGGACUGCGAUAAAGCCGGUUCCUUCUCCCUCCGUCUCUUCCGCUCCCUGCGAAGCCGCCCUGAGGAAGCAAAUCGCCUCGGCCCUUCCCUCUGGACGGCGCUUCAACUUCAUUCUCGGGGGUGCAAAGUUGGGUUCAGCCGCGCUUCCGGCUGCCGGGAGCCUGGCGGGUGGGAGCCUGCUGCUUCUUCGCCGCCGGAGGAAAAGAGCUAGAAGGAGGGAACAGCGAGAAAGGCUCCCCUCGCUUCCGCCUGCUUUGGCCGGCUCUCUGCACCGGGCUCGCCUGGAAGACGCUGUGUGGGAGGCACGAGGCGGGGGGGAAGAGAAAGGCGAGCGAGGAUUGACCAGGCUCCGUGCCCUCGCCCGCCCCGCUCUCGCCUGCUGGCUGCGAGUGUGGUUUCCAAGGGGGAGAGGCGAAGGAGGAGAAGGAGGGAGGAGAAGGAAAACAAAAGCCGAGUUGGAUAACGUGUGCGGAGGGUCCUGCCUCUACCGGGGGGAGGGGGGCACACGAGCCUGUGGGAAAUGGGGAGCCCUUGAAGAGUUGGAGGGGAGAAAGAGAAGGAGGUUUGCAUCUGUCACGGUUUGAGGAGCCUACACCACAAGCCUGAGGAAUCCCUGCGACCCACCAGCCUGGCCUCUCGAGAAGACCUAAUUGCCCACCUCUGGUUAUAAAACGUCGUUUCAUCUGCUUCGACUCCAGUGCUUAAGACUGCCAUACACCACCACUUAAAUGAAGAUUUUUUUCACAAGCCUUUCAAGAAGUCGUGUGUGUGUGUGGUGGGUUUUUAUUUAAAGAACAGCGAAGACAUUUUUUUGUAGCAGCUGGAUGCAGCGUAACCUUCCUAUCCCUUCCACUGCUUUGUUGUGGUUUAAAUACCAAGUAGGGGUGUCUUAAACUAUAGGCUCGAGCGGCUGCAUAGGUUGGGGAAGUUCUCUGAAGAGUCUGAAAUUUUCCUUGACUGCCCAGCAAGCGUCUGGAACAUGUAAUUUCUUCCCUUGCGUGGGCAAAAGCAAAGGAGCGUGGACAAAUGCAAAUGUUCAUCUUUGGUUAAUUAGAUAAGGAAGGAAGAGUGGUUCCCCACAAUUUGUCCUGCUGUGUAGAUUUGACAAGUUUUUUAAUCUCUGCUGUCCUCAUCCCUGUGGGUUACUCUCUGUGUCAUUAAUAGGAAACAUCAGUGUUUCACAUCCUGCUUAAUUUUAAAACAUUUUUGCAUUAAGUUACAGUUACCAUUUUCCUUGAGGGUGUAGUUGGGUUGACACUUGAACCUGAGACAGCUAUCUCUCACUGAAACACUACAUGCUAUAAAAGAUGUGUGAAGACGAAAGUAUUGUUUACUAAUAUUUGUGCAUUUUGCCUGGUUCCAGCAUCUGUGACUGACUCCUUGCAGUUCUCAAAGUGAAGAGGGGAAGGUGCUCUUGACUCAGUUAUUUGCUUAAUACUCAACUGUUUCAUCCUGACCUUUUGAACUGGGUAUUUACCGUGUUUUUGUGAAUUUAAUUUUGCCACCAUUUGUAUAGAAGCCAAAUGACGUUCAGAUUCCCAAAUAUAUACAUCCCUUUCUCACAGUGGCUACAGAAAAGCUGGAUAGACUGAUAAAGCAGAAUCCAUUUUUACACCUAUGGACAAAUAAAUGCACAAAUAUGUUGCUAUAGAUAGUUUCAUCAAGGAGAGACAAGAAUUUUCAUAUUUGGGCGACCUAGAAUCUUGGAUAUAUAGAAUUCCUUUGUAUCGGUUCUGAUUGUUUGGAAAAUGGGAGCUGCUACAAAGUUGGUGUUUGCUGUUUUUCUUAUCUCCUGUUCUUCAGGUGCCAUACUAGGCAGAUCAGAGACGCAGGAGUGCAUUUUCUACAAUGGUAGCUGGGAAAAGGACAAAACAAAUCGAAGUGGCAUCGAACCUUGCUAUGGUGAUAAAGAUAAAAGACGACACUGCUUUGCAACCUGGAAGAAUAUUUCUGGAUCCAUUGAAAUUGUGAAGCAGGGCUGCUGGCUGGAUGAUGUUAACUGUUACGACAGAAGUGACUGUGUAGAAAAAAAGGACAGUCCAGAUGUGUUUUUCUGCUGCUGUGAAGGCAACAUGUGCAAUGAACGGUUUUUCUACUUUCCAGAGAUGGAGGUUACACAACCUACUUCCAAUCCUGUCCCGCCGAACCCACCGCUGUUCACUACUUUGCUAUAUUCUCUGGUGCCUCUGAUGGGAAUAGCAGCAAUUGUACUAUUUUCAUUUUGGAUGUACCGACAUCACAAAUUAGCAUAUCCUCCAGUACUUGUACCAACCCAACACGCCUUUCACAUAAUGAUAGAGGACCCUGGACCACCACCACCAUCGCCACUGAUGGGCCUGAAGCCACUGCAGUUACUUGAGAUCAAAGCUAGGGGAAGGUUUGGCUGCGUUUGGAAAGCUCAGCUGCUGAGUGAACAUGUAGCAGUGAAAAUAUUUCCAGUCCAGGACAAACAGUCAUGGCAAAAUGAAUAUGAAAUCUACAACUUGCCCGGAAUGAAACAUGAAAAUAUACUGCAGUUUAUUGGCGCUGAGAAACGAGGCACCAACAUUGAUGUAGAUUUAUGGCUGAUUACAGCAUUUCAUGAAAAGGGUUCGCUUACAGACUUCCUGAAGGCUAAUGUAGUUUCGUGGAAUGAACUUUGUCACAUUGCUGAAACUAUGGCUAGAGGUUUGGCGUACCUUCACGAAGACAUCCCUGGUCUAAAGGACGGGCAUAAGCCAGCUAUAUCACAUAGGGAUAUCAAAAGCAAGAACGUGUUGCUGAAAAAUAACCUUACAGCUUGUAUUGCUGAUUUUGGCCUUGCUCUAAAGUUUGAAGCUGGGAAGUCAGCUGGUGACACACACGGCCAGGUUGGCACCCGAAGGUAUAUGGCUCCAGAAGUGUUAGAAGGUGCUAUCAACUUCCAAAGGGAUGCAUUUUUGAGAAUAGACAUGUAUGCCAUGGGACUGGUACUGUGGGAGCUAGCUUCACGAUGUACUGCGUCAGAUGGACCUGUGGACGAGUAUAUGUUACCUUUUGAAGAAGAGGUGGGCCAGCAUCCGUCCCUUGAAGAUAUGCAGGAGGUUGUUGUACACAAAAAGAAGAGGCCUGUUUUGAGAGAGUGUUGGCAGAAGCAUGCUGGAAUGGCAAUGCUUUGUGAAACCAUAGAAGAGUGUUGGGAUCACGAUGCAGAAGCCCGAUUAUCAGCUGGUUGUGUAGAGGAACGGAUUAUUCAGAUGCAAAGACUAACAAACAUUAUAACCACAGAGGACAUUGUGACUGUGGUCACUAUGGUGACGAACGUGGACUUUCCUCCCAAAGAAUCCAGCCUAUGAUAGUUACAUCGGUCAUACAUCACGACCAAUGAGACUCUCUGAACUGGAGCUGCUAACAGGCCUGUUUCCGGUCAACCUGAUUUUCUGCGUGAAAUUUGGAAUGGUAAGUCUGUCUUCAAAGUAUCAGUGGGAAGACACUUCCAUGCCCUACUCCAGACAUGGAUCCAGGAGACUUACUGCAUUCCCUGCAUAUGAAGGACACAAGAUUAAGAAGCGGCAGAAUGACGUUAAUGAACUUUUGAAGAACAUGGACCUAUCCUGGCUAGUCAAGCAUUUUAAGAGCUGACAUCGUAUUUCUUAAUACGUCAGAAAAGACUAAUUCCUUAAAAUGAACUACUGCUAUUUUUUUUUAAAUCAAACAUUUCAUUUCAGAUUUAAGAAAAAGGGUAACUUGUUUUUAAUGCAUUUGCUGUUGUGUUUAUAUAAUGACUAUUGUAAUGCCAAUAUGACACAGCUUGUGAAUGUUUAGUGUGCUGCUGUUGUAUGUAAUCAAAGUGGAAUCUAGCAAAAAGGCUUCCAAGCAUUACUUAACCUCCCUCAACAAGGUAUACCUCAGUUCCACCUGCGGCUAAAUUGUGAAAUUGACAACACUAACACUGAAACAAUAUUUGAUCCUCGUUUUGUAAAUGAUGUAAUUAUGGAUUCAAUGGUGUUUGGGGAAAAAAUGGUAAGCUGUGCUUUAUGCCAACAGUCAGUGGCCAUUUCUAAACAGUGUGUUCACCUUCCUUGAUCUAGCUUGUGUAUAAAAAAAGUAUUGUGUUUGAAAUGGCAAACUUCCCCUGUCUUUAGUUUAAAGCAUUAUUUUUACCUCCAGUUUCCAAAAUAUUGCAUACGUUUAUUUUACUAAAUAUUAUUUAGGUUUGCUGUGUCUGAGGGUUAUUUGAAAAUUUAAGCAUGACUUUUAAAACUUUAUGUGAGCUAUGGCACUGGAAAGUUCUUCUAAUUCUUUUGAAAUAAGCUUUUUUUCCCAAUUUAUGUAUGUAAAUAUUCUGCCUAUUUUCUGUCACACUAAACAGAAUCCAGUUACUACUGUGUCACUGUUUCAGGAUCACCUCAGGAAGACUCAUUACCCAGAACUCCUCACUAUUUGCGUUGCCUUUUGCAGCUUCACAACACUUGAUUUUGGUGCCGACUUGUCAGAGUAAUAUUUGAUGUUCAAGAUGCAUAGGUGCAUCCUAUGGUCGCAAAAGAACAUACAACCACACCUUUCCUUUUUAAAGAAAAAUGCUUACCAUCAAAUAUGCAAUUACUUCUGUAGAGAUGACGAUGUAGCACAGUCUAGCAAAAAAAGCUCUACAAUGUUAAAUCUAACUCCUGUCGUAUCUGAGCAUUACAGGCACUUAAGAUGUUGCGCCUCAUGAUAACAACUGAAGCGAAAUGGGCAGUAAGUGGACAGGUGCCAAAGUAUUUUUCAAAGUAAUAAUACACUACAGUUAUUUGAUCAGUUAUGUUUAUUAUACAGGCCAAAGUUAAAGUUAACUUUCAAAAAUUACAAACUUACCGACUCAGUAGUCAGUAUUCUGAUAUUCUGGUCAGGUCAUUCUUUUUAAAAAAAAAAUUCAUGCAUUAGAUUUAUAAAAAAAAUUUUUAAAUGUCACAAUCAGGAGCUCACUGUGAAUGUUCUCUUUUAAUCAGUUAUUUAUUAAAAACAGUGUUUUUUUAAAUGUAUUCAGUCUCUGGGAACAAAGAAUUAUUUAUAAGCAAGAUUUUGGUAAUUGUUGUAUAAAGCAGGGAGGAGAAAGGUAACAGCAGAGUUGUUCAUAGAUAACUGGCACACUACCCAGAGUUUACAGUUUUUGUCUCAUGGUUCUAUGGUAGUCAUAAGAACCCCAUGCUCCAAUUGGGAAACAUACUUGUCCAUUCUUUGUUGACAGUGUGGCCAAGGGAUUAUUGCUUAUAUGGUGUGUGGAUUGUGUAAUACUUGGUUUUUAAUCUUGCGAGUCAGUAUGUCAACCCCAACUCAAGAUGUCAUGGCUGAAAAGAUCUGAACUUUUAAAUGGGUUUAUUGAUUUAAUGUAUCUGAUUUCUCCUCAGGUGGGAAUGUUUAUACUAGGAAAAUGUAAGAACAACAUAACUGGUUCUCCAAAAACAUGUAAAUACAAGAACCAUUUUUCAUUGAGAACAUAAAUGCAACUUUUUCUUGUCUGUGGAAACCUAUAUGGUUUUUGUAAAGCAACUUUCCAUUAAAUAUGAACAUCCACCAUAGUGACCUCUGAGUCAAGUGGAAACUUAUUUUUGUGAAUGCACGUCUGUUUGCUGGUCAUAGAGGGGAAAUCAUCAGACAAUCAAACUGGGCAAUGCAUCUCUUCAUACUUAGCAGAUGCCAUUGAAAGUCCCCAGAUUGAUCAUUUCAAGUACCUGAGUUCAGAUUUUUAAAGAGAAUACCACCACAUUAUACAUAAAUGGAACAUAAAAGCUUUGUUAUGCCGAUUUUGUGAAAGUGUUAAAAUUCACUGAACUGUUUCAAUCCAUAUUUAAAACACUGUCUUGCAGGGGAUCUCAGCACCUUUUUGUUUCAAGCUUUACAGUGCAGUAAGUGUAGAGGUGGACAAAUUUCAGUGUUUGAGCAAAGACCAUUAAUAAAUGUCAACAUUUAAAGUCUGAGCUAGGGAAGAUGCUCUGCUUUCUGGCAGAUGUUGUGACCAUUGUUGCUUUUACGUGUUUGAAUCAUACAGCUUGUGUGGAUAUGGUCAGCUCUGGUGGUUUACCUUGUAUUUUUGACUUGUGAAGAAAAGCUAGGCCCCUAGCACAAGUUUUCAGUUGUCUUUGGCUUGCCUGUGUCUACUUAGUUGGCUGCCAUAUAACUGCCCAAGAUUUAACAGAUUAGCCAGUUUUUGUGAUCAGCUCAAAGUCCAAACCCUGCAUUACCUUUUCAGUUUGUGUUAGAUGCUAAGACUUUUAUAUCACAUGAUGCAUGACAACUAUUUGUACAGUUGCUACUAAAUAUUAACUUAGCAUUUUGGAACAGAUCGUGCCUCGUAAUUGUUGGCGUUCUUGAGCUAGCGUUCUCAUUCAUGGUGGUAUUCUGAAAAUGAGUCUGGAUUGAAAUACACAACUAUGUACCUUUGAUAGCAAAAUCCUUGUGGAGUAGCUCUUGCAUAACUAAAGUGUAAUCAGAUGUAGUAGUAAUAAAUAUUUGUUCAUACUACAGUUCUACAGAAUAAAUUGCUGAUUGUAGUUUAACAAAGUGAGGUGACUGGUUGGUUGACCUUUUUUCCAGUUUUCUCUUUUUAACCUUUUUAAUGCAUUUUAUUAGGAAUAUUUGGUAUAAGAUGCAGCAAGCUAUGUACAGCCUUAUGGGCAAAAUGAUAAAAACAGUAUCCUUGUUGGAACACCAUUUACCUCAAGAUACUCAACCAGCAGUACUAUUUUUUUUUAAUGCACACUCAGUCCAUAAAAGAUCUGUUACCUCUCAAGAUAUCGGUAAGCAAUUGUUUUAGCUUUACUCUGUACUUGUCAGUGUUCUGGGCACAGGUUGUUGUACUACUGUCAACUUACACUUGCUGUUUUAGCAAGUAUUUAAAAACAAACACCCCCCCCCCCUCCUGGAUAAAAGUUGAUUGUUAAAUAUUGUAUAAAAUGUAUUCUCUUUCCAAAUUCCCACAGAAAGAUGAAUAAAAAAUUAAGUGACUACUA